AUGGCUUCCUCAUUGGUAGAAGCCCCAUCCUCUUCCGUAGAGAGAGUAAAUAAUAAAAUAGCCUCACCCCCUCCUCUUGAUGAUGAUGACGAUGACGAUGAAUUUUCCCGAUUACUAAACGCCCAUAAGAAGGCCCGUGGUGACCCCGGGGGAGCUCCUCGACUGAACCAAAGCUCAACAGUUGGAGGUAUCAGUUCGAGGGCUAUGGGGAAACGGCAGAGGGUAGCCGACUACGGCGAUAUCGAUGGUGUGGGGUCUCGGAGAUACACUAGUGAGAACCCUAGAUAUCGAGGGGGAAGGGCUGGACCACAAGCUCAGAGGGGACCAGCGACCAUGGGUCUGCUACCUCCUCGACCGCUCAGAUUUCCCUUCCCGCCCUACUGUGGUCCUCUAGCCAAACUAGUGUCCAGCGGUCCGCCUCCGCCCCUGCCGGCCGAUGAGAGGUCCCUCAUGAUGAAGGAGUUGGUGACCAGAAUACGCUCCCUAACUGCAGAGAACGAACGCCUAACACGGAUAAUGUCUGAUCAACAACGACUUCUUCAAGAUUUCGGCUGCCCUCCGCCUCUACUUGAGCCGCCCGUAGGUCAUCGAUCUCGAAAUGGUAAGGAGGAAGUGGAAGACCCCACAGAGGCGGCUACCAGAAGUCCUCGGCCGGCUAAGUCAGCAGUGCUCCCACCGUGGAGAUCGUCAUCGAAGAAAGCGUCUACUUCGACGCCCACCGGGUCGCACCCCCCUAUGGACGAGGACCUUCCGAUGGCUCCAGCCAAGGAGGGCUCUACUGGGCGUAGUAGUUCAUCGUGA